AUGGCCUUGACAUUUUCUGACAUUUUCAAGCUUAUCUUUGCUGUCAUUCUUCCACCUCUGGGCGUCUUUUUCGAACGAGGCUGUACGACUGAUAUUUGCAUUAACAUUGCCCUCACGAUAUUGGGUUGGAUUCCUGGUGUGAUUCAUGCAAUCUAUAUCAUUCUGAAGUACUAG